AUGUCAACUUCUAAACAAAAUAAACCUUCGAAAAAUAAAUUUAAUACAAGUAUAAUUAAAGGUUUGGAUCCGCAACAGAAUAAUGAGUUUCAACAAGAUGAGAAAUCACGUGAAACGGACGAAAAUGUUAUAGUUGUAUUCUCAGGAAAAGGUCCAGCUAUUAACAAGGCUAUUACUGUAGUAGAAAUAAUUAAACGAAAGCUAGAUGGAUCUUUACAUCAAUAUACUCAAAUUGGACGAAAUUUCUUAACACAUGAAGACAGAGAGAAGGACAAAGAUUACGAAAUGAUUUUGGAUAAUGAAGAUGAUGGGCAAGUACAAACAACAGUUGAUAUUUGCUCAUACAAGAAAGCUAUUCUUAUAUACAUGAUUUAUAAUUAA